AUGGAAGAUUGUGGCUUAACAGAUUUAGGCUUUCAAGGGCACCCUUUCACAUGGUCUAAUGGCAGAAAAGGAAAAGAUAACAUUCAAUGUCGCUUGGACAGAGCUAUUGCGUCUCAUAGUUUCCUUAAUAGAUUUUCACCAAUUAGAGUUAUUCACUUGCCCAGAUAUGGUUCGGAUCACGCUGCUUUGAGGAUUGAUUUGGAAGCUGACUCUGGAAACUUAAGCAGGAAAAGGUAUCAUUUGUUUAGAUUUGAAGAGGCGUGGAGCAGAGACAGUAAAUGUGAAGAGACCGUGAAGGAUUAG